GGCACAUCCGCAACCUCCACAUUUCGGAAAGGUUUGGGCAACAUGGCAACGGCGCUGGCGUCGACGAGUUCCACCGUCAAAGUUCUUACGAAUGGCGACAUCGUCGACUGUGGCCGCCUGCCCAACACCGCCCGGAACACGCUGUACAAGACCGAGUUGUGCAAGCACUUUGUUGAGACCGGGACAUGCCGGUAUGGCACCAAGUGCCAGUUUGCCCACGGCGAAGACGAGCUUCGGGGGGUGCUGCGCCAUCCCAAGUACAAGACCACGAAAUGCAAAGCGUUCUUGUCCACAGGUAAGUGCACGUACGGCACGCGAUGCCGCUUCAUCCACGACCGCAACCUUUCCCCUGAAGACCUGAGCGACGACGAAGGCUCGAUGACCCGCGCCGAACAAGAUCACGAAAACAUGAAGUCAUCAGGGGCUCGUCAUGCCCGUGUGAACCCGCGUCGCCAUUUGGUGGUGGAACCUGAGAUGGAGGCGACUAUCGAUUUGAGUGUGCCUUCGUCGUUCAAGCUGCAGCCCCCUCUUAUGGGUCCAGGGGCGGGGGUCAAGGAAGUAGGGGCACGCAGUGACGACAGCAGCAGCGACGACGACCAAGGCAACCAAACCGACGAUGGGGGUGCCAGUGCGGCGUUCUCGAGGCUGUCGAUUUUCCAAAAGAUUUGCCGUGCCGCCGACUAAAAAUGUGUUCGUUCAUCAUUGAGCUGCCGUAACAUAGUAUAUUUAUCAUUUAUAAACCAACAACCUCCA